UUAUUUUCAGGUGUGUGUAUACAGUUUUUUAAGGCGACGGGUGACGUUUUGGUUCCAGAGAGAGAUUGUCGUCAUAGUUUCAAAAAAAUAUUUUCUUGUUCUGCAUUGAAAGAGCAGUGGCAAGGUUCAUUCAAACUUUGCCUGUCCACAUAUUUUCUAAUGAGUGGGCUCUUUGGCAGGCUGAAAGUCGCUCUUUGCUGAUCAUCACGAACUUGUCUUUUUAAAACGCAAUUCCAUGUUACAUCUGCUGUUCAACUGAAUUCGUUGCGACACAUCAUGUCAGAAUCCUACGAUUACUUGUUCAAAUUUUUGGUGAUUGGCAGUGCAGGUGCUGGAAAGUCAUGCAUUCUACAUCAGUUCAUCGAAAGUAAAUUUAAGGACAACAGCAGCCAUACUAUUGGAGUUGAGUUUGGCUCCAAAAUUGUAAAGGUUGGUGGGAAAUCUGUGAAGCUACAGAUAUGGGACACUGCUGGGCAGGAACGAUUCAGGUCUGUCACACGCAGCUACUAUCGUGGGGCAGCUGGCGCAUUGUUAGUUUAUGACAUCACCAGCCGUGACUCUUUUAAUGCUUUGUCAAACUGGUUGAGAGAUGCUCGCUCUCUCGCAGGUCCUAAUAUAGUCAUUCUUCUUGUUGGAAACAAGAAGGAUUUGGAUGCUAAGCGAGAAGUCACCUUUCUGGAAGCCAGCAAAUUUGCUCAGGAGAACGAGCUGAUCUUCCUUGAGUCCAGUGCAAAGACAGGAGAAAAUGUAGAAGAGUCAUUUCUGAAAUGCUCAAAAACAAUUCUUUCUAAGAUUGAAACAGGUGAAUUAGAUCCAGAAAGAAUUGGUUCUGGUAUUCAGUAUGGUGAUUUGAAGCACCUGCAGACUAAUAACACUGCUCGUCGUCAACCAGACUGUGUGUGCAGACCUCUGUAGCAAUUUUCAUUUACAGUUAAAUUUUUAAUUAUGGCAAAUAAUAAUAUUAAUGUUCAGAAAUUAUUUUUUGUUCCAAUAAUUUUGUUGUGCAAACAUUGUCUUUGCAGUUUGCUUUAUCACAGCUGUCUGCGUUCUUAAAAGUUUGUUUUGCAAAAUUGUGAAGUACGGCAAAGAGAAAUUUGUGAAGAUAUUGAUUAUUUUAAUGAGAGAAUUGCAUUCUUCAUUGAGAUCUGGCUGGGCUGUGAUAUGAUUUCUUCCAUGUUUGUUGUACUGUUUGGUUAUUUAAAAAAAUUAUUCUAUCUGCUUUGUGUUGUUUACCUAUGAUAUGUCAAUGGUAUGGCUACUACACUUUUGAGAAAUUGAAGAUAUUUAAGGCACAGUCUUGUUACAAGUAGUGAUAGAUUCUACUUUUGUGAUAAUGUUAUCAAAUGUAAGUGUUUUCUCUCUUAAUCUCGGUUUGUCACUUCUGUUAGUUAAUUAUGCCUUGAUUUAGUGUGUUACUUUCUGAUUCAAAUGCACAAAAUAUGUUCAGCGGUAAACAGAGCUGAUGCACCAUCAAGCAAGUACAUUUUCCUGUUAGAGUACUCUCUGUAAUCUCAGUUGUUCUGGUGUUGCCUUUUUGUGUGUGACUUGAGUUGCUAUUAUUCUAAUAUUGAAGCCAUUUUAUGGGCUUUGCAUGACUGAAAAAGGGCAUUUAGAGUGUCUCCUGGUUACACUUCCUUUGGACAGUUUAAAACUAAGUACCAUAAUUAGAAUUUGAAAUGGAAAAUUAUCUUGGUUGGUUUUAUAUGUGCUUCAAUUUUUUGGCCUUCACGGUGUCAAGCCCUUAAAUAGUACCUUGGCUGUGCAUGCUUUUUAUCUUCUCAGACUCUGAUCUCUCACAGACAUUUUUCUCAUAUGUGAAUCUCAUUCCCCAUGAUAAAUGAACCUCCUUCAUCAGAGAUGCACAGCCCAUGAUGACACUAGGAGAUGCAGUAUUAAUUUUUUCCCCUAUUAUUGUGUGCCUCAUGCAUGAAACAUCGUGCAAAUUUGUUAAGUUUGUAAUUUCUCAAGUGUUUUCCCUCUCAAUUUACCAGUAAUUCGCCUAAGAAAAAUUGUAAGGUAUUUUUUCUCAUCUUGUGAAUUUGUUCUUUCUUUUACCUGCUGAUGACUGCAUUUUGCAUAUAAGAUAUUUUUGAAAAUGUAUGUGUGUGUGUGUAUGUAUGUGUAUGUAACACAGUGGUACCUAGUUCUACUUCAUCAACUUUCGUUCUUGUUUUCAAUUAUGUCUGACUUAUGGGUUAAUACAUCAACAUUAGAUGUGUAGUGUAGUUUGUGGUGGAUGAUUGAAGUUGUUUGUACAGACAAAUAUUUAUCUUUCUAUCAGUUUGUUUUGCCAGAGAUUGUGCAAGGACCAUUCAAACUUGAGAUGUUGAUGACCCAGAUUGUUUGCAUUGUUCAUUGUUUAAUUUAUGCUCCGUUUUAUAUUCAUUAAAAUUGGGAUUAUUUUUUAAAAAAGCAUA